AAGCAGAACAUUGUAAACAAGUCUGCUGCGGAUCAUCGACGUAUUUUAGAUAGCUAUGGCGGAGGAAAAGUUUCUUUUACCACCACCAAAAUUUAAGGAAGAAGUACAGAAAGGCCUGGAUAAUUUUAGCCGUCAUCUGAAUCCUCAUUUCUCCACACCACACGGAAUGCUUUUAACGCGGGAUAAACAACCGCCGCCGAUGUAUGGACCACGUGGUUCUACCGUUCCACCCCGGUUCCUGGCAAACUCACGGAAACGACCGGCAGGGUGGACUUCAACGGACCGCGGUAACAAUCAGCAAAUGCAACCAGGCGGUUUUCAAAACAACUAUCGUCCUAGAUUCAAGCAUGCAAGUGCUGGUGGAAAAAAUCAAUCGAUACGGCCACCAAACAAUGGAUUUGAUAAGGAGGUUAAACCCGAGUUGCUUGUUCUGGACUGGAAGCUGUGGUGCGAAGGAUGCGAUGUAAAUUGCCGUUCAGAAGUAGAGUACCAGCAGCACAUAUCGAACCACGCACCGUGUAGCGUGCCCGGCUGUAAGUUCGUUGGGCAUCCGAUGAUUAUGAAGCGGCACGACCGUCAGGCGCAUCAGAACGAUGCAAAGGCAAAGGAUUCCGUUGGCCCAUCAUCGGAAGAGAUUGAACAGUGGAAAGAAGAACGCCGGAAGCGUUAUCCUACAAAACAGAACGUGAUUCUGCGCCAGCAUGCACAGGAAGCACGGUUCAAUCGUGGUGAACGUAUUGAGGAGAGCAAGGAUCGGUUUCCGAACCGACAUUUAGACACAAAAUGCGAAUCUCGUGAAAACGGUCCAUGGAGAGAGAUGGCUUCGAAAGGGAGGAAUAAUAAACGGUCAAAGCGAAGAAAAAGAUCAGCUGCUUCAGUAGCGGUAACGAUAGCUGAGGAAAACACGGGUAGGAUCCCUUUCAAAGGAACUUCCACGUUAAAGGAUUAUAAAGAUCCGUCAGCGAGUGCCCUUGCUAUGCUCGGGGACUACGGAUCCGGUAGUGAAAAUGAAUCAGAUGUAGAAGAAGAAAUCGUUAAUACAGUUAAUACGAACAAUCUAAUCAACGAUUCCGUAGUACAGCCGGAAAAUGUACUCAGCGAAGGUGAAAUAAUUGAUGAUGAAGAGGCUAACAACACUGACAAAAACCUUCGUUCGGAUCUGUUGGAACAGCCUGCAAUUGAUACUCAAGAUAAUCCUGUAAGCACAAGCGUCACAACUGUUCCCAAGCAACAAGCAGCAGAUGUCCCCGACGUUACUACUCCACAAACGCCGGAGAAAAGUAUUCUGGCUGGCUCAUCUUCAAAAGCGAACGCCACUAGACAGCACAACUCUAAACAGGGGCACAAGUUUAAAGGGAAAAAGAUGCCGCAACCCAAUCGUCCACUGUUGGACUAUUCCAAGCUUCGACGAUCGAACCAAAAUACUAUGUUGGAGAAAUUGCUCGACUCGGAUAUACGACACGAACGAAACGUGUUACUGCAGUGUGUGCGACACGUACUGGCGAACAAAUUCUUUGGUAUAGGGGAACCGAACGAAGCAAAUCCUGCUGCUGUUAGCGACGAUGCAAAGGAAUGA